AGAAAAAAGAGUAUAAAAUUUCUAAUUUACUUUUUUUGCAGUAACACACAAAAUGAGAGUGUAGAGUUAACAAUAAAAAACAUAAAAAAAGAUUGGACGAUAAACAUCAAACAAAUUAAACAUGGGUCUAUAUGGAAAAGCAAAAGCAAAAGUCCAAUCAUGGCACAAAAUGGAGAUAGUACCGAAGGAUAUCCGUGGUGUCACCAUGGGAAACAUGAUCAAUAUAACAAUAGCAGAAACUUGCUUGUACAAGAUUAUCAUGCAGGAUGUUAAAGCUGGCACUUUACCUGGGUAUUCAAUGUAUUUGCUUAUACCAGUGGUUUCACUGAUGGAAGCCCUGUUAGCCCCGUUGGUAGCGUGGCUGGGCUAUAGAACAAGGAGGACCACGAUCCUCAUGUGGUCUCUGGGAAUUAUGAUUAUUACUUCCCUCUGGUUGUUUUUGCCUUCGCCGCCACAGAUCCAGGAAACAGAAUUCUGCAACAGCACAAUAAUAAAUCAGGACAUAGAGUUUACACAUCUAUCAUUGAGGACGACUUUCAGAUUGGUGAUAACUGUAGGAAUGGCCAUCUGCUUCGCCUUGACGAGAGUGGCUUUGUGGAGCCAUGUUGUAGCUUAUACUGACGAUAUUGCACCGGAUAGAAUGAGCGUGCAUGUUGGAAUUCUCAUAUGUUCCAGGAUAAUAGUUCUGAUAUUCAAUAACUUAUUAGCGCAAGGUUUAGAUAAGACUAUCCUCAUUACUUUAGGAAUGAUAACUGUUUUUACGAUUGUGAACACCUUGAGGCUGUAUUUUGGAUUACCUAAGGUCACACAGGACACAGGUGAUUUGAAGGUCAUACCGAUGAAUGAUAGAGGCUACUUUAGAAGCUUAAAGAGAGUGUUAGUUAACUUCGUCGCUAUGUCACAAAUGAUAUCCAUGGGGUUGGUAGCAGCUGCUCUCUGGGGCUUCGGUUAUAAUGAAUACGAAAUUAUUAAGACAAACUUCAAUAUUAUGCCAAUAAUUGGAAACAAUGAAAAUUACGUCACAAAAUUCACGAGAUACAUUGUAUUUAUUUUUGCAGUUGUGUACAUGGGAGUAAAGCAAUCAGCUCCGAUAAGGCCAAAAUUCGACAUGACAAAGGCAUUGGCUGUGUCCUUCAAGAUGACGCUCUUUGCGAUAAUCCUAUAUGCAUUUAUUAUCGUAGCCCCGCCUUGUUCUAAGGGACAUGUCGCUGGGCUGGAAAAAGGUCAGGAUUAUGCUAAUCCCCAGUGUAGCUUGUCUUGUGGAUGUGUUCCAAGAUAUAAGGAAUUUUCACCAGUGUGUGUGGUUGAUACCAUGACGACAUAUGUGUCGCCGUGUGAAGCUGGCUGUACAGAACUACAAAGCAUCAAUAACUUACAGGUGUAUACAAACUGUAGUUGUGCCUCAACUGGACACGCGACUCCGGGCGCCUGCAGCGACUAUAACUGUCAAAUUGGAUUUAAUUUACAUGGAGCGCUGUUUAGCUUGAUACUGACGGUGUCUCUGGUGGCGUUCCAAGCUCAUAGCAUGUCUAUCUUGAGGUCAGUGGACCCUCGAGACAAGUCCAUCGCCAUGGGUCUGAUGUGGUCUGUCAUCGCUAUAAUGACUUUCGUGGUCGGAAAUAACGUCUUUUAUGCUAUUGACCUCCACACCUGCAGCUGGUAUACCGGCCAGAGAUGUCAGCUCCAUAGCGACUGGUUCCCGUAUGCCGUUGGAAUUGCUUGCACCAUCUUCACCUUCACAGCCUUGAUUAUCAACGGCACAGUGCGCAGAUAUUUAUAUUUGCGAACGAAACGAGCAUAUGACGUCACAGAUGAACCAAAUGCUUAAUUAUAAUUAUUUAUUUAUUAGUUGUAUAAUCAAUACUCAGAGCUAAUACGUUUGUUUGAACGGGCUAAUCUCAGGAACUACUGGUCCGAUUUGAAUAAUUCUUUCGGUGUUAGAUAGCCCAAUUAUCGAGGAACGUGAUUUAAGACUUGAUAUAGAUUUUUUUUGUCAUGGCUUUAAAGAAAAAAAUAGCGUGCCACAAAGUGAUGAAGAAUAAUUCAUUGUUAUUUAUAUUGUAGUUAAGUAUGUGUCUGUGAUUUUGUAACAAAAUAUUUAAGUUUAUUAUUUUUUGUGUAAUAUUUUUCAUAUUUAAAUCUAAAUAGAGGGAUUGUUAUUUACAAUUUUAUACCAGCAUUAAGUUAAGAAUAAUCUAGUUAAGUAGGUAC